GUGCGUGUGCCUGCGGGUUCCGUGCACCCCCGUGAGCAAAGGGACCGAAACGCAGCAAGCAGGCUGCUGUCACCGGUUGUUCCCUUUCUAUGAUCUGUGCGGUGCAUGAUGCCAUUAAAUGUAACGCUUGGCCAAAUUCACGUGAUGCAUCCGAAACUUGAAAGGAAGGACCUGUUUGCGGGGACCAUUAGGCUACCUAGCAGAAAAUUCGGUCCGUAUACGGGGAAAUCUGAAGCGGUUCUGGACGUAGUUGUAGCGCUGCGGAUGUCUAACUGACCACUUGUUUCUGCCCCCCUCCUGUCCUCCAACAUGCGCUGGGCCACGCCGCACUGCAAUCUCUCGCGCCUACCGCUCCUUCUGCGUCUGCUCCUGCCAUGACCACAGAAGUGAGCGUCGCGGGUGAAGCGGAGAGUCAGCAGCAGGCCGGUCAGCCUGAAGCCGACCAGCAGGGGCAGAAGGGUCCCCGCCCACAGGAGCCUCGCGCCCCCCCCGAGGAACCGCCCCCCAAAACCAGUCGUGGCCUCCCACGGCUCCUUUCCUCCUUCCUGAAGCGUCGCUCUCAGUGCACCGAGCCGGAGGGACGGCCGGCCCCAGAGGACCCCUCCAAGGCCCCCAUCGCGGACCCAGAGCCUGAGCUGCGUGCAGUGGGUGACACGGCCCUCGACCUGCACUCGCUCAGCAGCGCAGACACUCAGCCCGCCCAGGAGGACAGGAGGGACGCCAGCCCACACAAGGGGGAGGAGGAAGAGCAGGAGGGAGGCAGAGAAGGCGAGAGAAAAGGGCUGGAGCCAAGCAGGAGAGAGCAGGAGCCGGCCGGGCAGGAGCCCGAGGUCCAAGAAGAAGUGAAGGCCCCAGGAGAGACCGAGGCCCCCGAAGGGCCCAGGGCCCCCAGAGCCCCUCGGCAGCCCCGCAGCAUGCACUGCCGAGUCACCCUGCUGGACGACACUCUGUAUGAGUGCGACCUGGACAAACAUGCCAAAGGCCAGGAGCUGUUGACCAAGGUGUGCGAGCACCUCAACCUGCUGGAGAGGGACUACUUUGGCCUGGCCACCUGGGAGACAGCCACCCUGAAGACCUGGUUGGACUUCACCAAGGAGAUUCGCAAGCAGGUGCAAGGUUCCAGCUACGACUUCACUUUCAAUGUGAAGUUCUACCCACCAGAUCCGGCCCAGCUGACAGAAGACAUCACCAGGUACCAGCUGUGCCUGCAGCUGCGGAAGGACGUCCUGAGUGGCAGUCUUCCAUGCUCCUUUGCCACACUGGCACUUCUGGGCUCCUACGCCGUCCAGUCGGAGCUGGGAGAGUACGACCCGGACCUCCAUGGCGCGGACUACGUCAGCCAGCUACGCCUGGCCCCCGGCCAGAGCAGGGACCUGGAGGAGAAGGUCGUGGAGCUGCACCGUAGCUACAGGUCCAUGAGUCCGGCCCAGGCGGAUAUGAUGUUCCUGGAGAAUGCCAAGAAGCUCUCCAUGUAUGGAGUGGACCUUCACCAAGCCAAGGACCUGGAAGGGGUGGACAUCAUGUUAGGUGUGUGCUCCAGCGGCCUCAUGGUCUACAAGGACAAGCUGCGCAUCAACCGCUUCCCCUGGCCCAAGGUCUUGAAGAUCUCCUACAAGCGCAGUAGUUUCUUCAUCAAGGUCCGCGCAUCAGAGCAAGAACAGUAUGAGAGCAUGAUUGGAUUCAAGCUGCCCAACUACAGAGCCUCGAAGAAGCUCUGGAAGGUGUGUGUGGAGCACCACACUUUCUUCAGGUUGACCUCAGUGGAAGCCACCACACCCAGGAAGUUCCUGGCACUGGGAUCGAAGUUCCGCUACAGUGGCCGCACCCAGGCUCAGACGCGUCAGGCCAGCUCCAUGAUCAACAGGCCUGCCCCCCAAUUCCAGCGAUCAGCUAGCAAGAGGGUGUCGCGGAGCCUAGAUGGAGAGGAUAUUGAGUCUGAGCAGGAAGCAUCACUGCAGCUUGCACAACAUGAGCCAGAAGCCCCUCCAUCCGAGCCCAUUCCGCUUGCCCCACCCACACAGAACCCCACCCAGCUGGUCACUGAGUCCAGCUCACAUCAGCCACACCCCUGGACAGAUGAAUGGUUUGUGCUGUUGAGCCAAGGUGCAGCACUACGACCCUCAGACUUCUCAGUGAUGUGGCAGGAUGACUGGUUUGCAAUGCUGGACCCUCCCCGUCCUGAGCCAAUACUGCCCCCACUUACUAAAGCUGAACGUGACUCCAGUUCUCUGAUGUCUGGGAAGGACACCUUGCAGCAAUCCCUGAAGGAGAGCGAGGCAGACGGCUCGCAGUUCGCCCUCCAGGCAGAGGUGCAGGUUGAGGAAUCGGAACUGAAACAGCAGGUAAAGGUACUGAUCAACAGGAUGAAAAUCCUGGACAAAGAAGAAGCUGAUGGGUUUGUGGUGGUACACCACACCCCCGCAGAACCCAUAACUACACCUUCAGUUAAGCUGAUGGGAAGCACUCCAGAGUAUUCAGCUGUAAGUUCUUGGCUGGUCGUGGAAACAACAGAGCAGAAGAUUCGUAAGGAGGUAAACAUUGUAGAGGAGACGACAAAGCUGGAAGAGGAAGGAAGGCCGACUUAUCUGUCAGUGCAAGCCCCUCCAUCCGAGCCCAUUCCGCUUGCCCCACCCACACAGAACCCCACCCAGCUGGUCACUGAGUCCAGCUCACAUCAGCCACACCCCUGGACAGAUGAAUGGUUUGUGCUGUUGAGCCAAGGUGCAGCACUACGACCCUCAGACUUCUCAGCGAUGUGGCAGGAUGACUGGUUUGCUCUGCUGGACCCUCCCCGUCCUGAGCCAAUACUGCCCCCACUUCCAAAAGUCACGCCAACCCAGCAUGUUCCGGAAUAUCCAAAGGCGAGUCCUUCUACGAGUGUAGAGGAACGCACAAAAGAGCUGGCUCUGGAGAGAGUACCGAAAGUGGAGGAGGUAACAGAGCUACAGCACGUGGAGACAGUGGAUGUUGAUCUCCAGCGGCUUGAAAGGUUUAUGGAAGGGCUUGAGUCAGCACGGAGAGGACAGAGAGACGAUUGGUUUAUCCUCAUGGAUAGCGCUCCCUCAGAAUUUACGCUCAGAACGGAAGCCCCUCCAUCCGAGCCCAUUCCGCUUGCCCCACCCACACAGAACCCCACCCAGCUGGUCACUGAGUCCAGCUCACAUCAGCCACACCCCUGGACAGAUGAAUGGUUUGUGCUGUUGAGCCAAGGUGCAGCACUACGACCCUCAGACUUCUCAGUGAGUUGGCAGGAUGACUGGUUUGCUCUGCUGGACCGUGCCCAUCUUGAACCAAUACUGCCCCCACUUCCAAAAGCCGCAGUCGCGACCCCAGAGACUGGCCGUCCAAUCAGUGCCCCCGUGAUCCCACCCGCAACUCCAGGAGCGCCUACCUCCACCAUAUCUGCCGCUGCAGCCAUCAGCGUGCCGGUCAAACCGGAACCGAGGAAGGUGGAGGUGAAGCCGCAGCCACCGGCGGUGGAACCCGUGCCAGAAGUUAAGAAAAGAGUGAAGAGAGUCGAGGGGGAGACGAUCUACAUCCGACACAGCAAUCUGAUGCUGGAGGACUUGGACAGAACCCAGGAGGUGAUUAUGCGGCACCACGCCAGCAUCAGUGAGCUGAAGCGCAGCUUCAUGGAGGCCGUGCCUGAACCGCAGCCCAACGAGUGGGACAAGCGGCUGUCCACACACUCACCCUUCCGCUCCGUCAGCAUCAACGGGCAGCUGCAGCCGGGCGACGUUAGCGCUUGCAGUCCCCACGUAGGAGAAUGUUGCGAUGAUGCAUUGGGGGAGGAGUCUAGCUCCGGCAGCAUCCGAGGGGGUGCGGCCCUCAAUCUGUCAGAUCACGAUAGGAGUGGGGUGGGUUCAGAACAUGAGGAGGAGGAGGAGGAGAAAGAGGAGGCGUGGCCUAACACUGAGGAUCCUCCCGGCGUGUGCGUCCAAGUGGAAAAGGCCACAGUGCCCUGCCCGUCGCCUGAGCCGCAAGGCCCUGGCGACUGUCCCCUCCCUGGCGCUGAGGAGCAGGACCAUCCGCCAGAAGCAGAACCGCAACCUCAGUGUGGUGUUGUGGCAGCCUCUCCCAUCUCCUAUUUUGUGAGCGGGGGUCCGUACCUCAUUCGCUGCUUCCAGCCUCCCCUGGUAAAGACCCAGACUGUCACCAUCUCAGAAGGCUCCGCCUCCCUCCACACCGAUAUCUCCACCAUGGAGGUCCCCAUCGUCCACACAGAAACUAAAACCAUCACAUACGAGUCGGCACAGCUGGCACAGCGUGACGGGGACAGGGACUCAGACGUCAUCACGUCGGAGAUGGUCAGCAGUGCCACCACCACGCAGAUCACGAAGACGGUAAAAGGCGGCGUCUCAGAGACCCGCAUUGAGAAGAGAAUAAUCAUCACUGGAGAUUCUGACAUUGACCACGACCAGGCUCUGGCCCAGGCCAUUAAGGAAGCCAGGGAGCAGCAUCCAGACAUGUCAGUCACCAAGGUGGUGGUGCACCAGCAGACGGAGAUCAGCCCCGAGUAAGGUGCAGCGCGGGGCCUGCGGAGGGCGGCAUCCAGAGACUUGCUUCCUCCGCACCUCACCGGCCACCUGACCCCCAGCUUCCAGCCCCGCCUGCCGGAUCCCCCGUCAGCCCCCAGUCAGCCCCCAGCCCCUCUGCCUUACCCCCCGGGCACCAUCCUCCACAGCCGCCUUCUUUUUUGCUUCCUCUCAUCUUGUGAUCAGGGUCUCUAGCAACAGAUGUGACCCACCAGUGACCUUUUUGUACUGGUUUUGUUCUCUGGUUUGUAAACAAGUCUCUCAGCAGCGCUGCGGAUGUUUGCCCUGCUGUGGGUGGUGCGUCUCCAUUAAUCUGCAGCCACAUCUCUUGCCCCAGUGACCUGCUCACUGUAACCAGGGUUCUGGUGCAUCUUUCACCUCUGAUUGUAACACACUGUUUAUUUUGGUCUUAAUUUGAGUGGCCUUGGGUAAGUAGAGGGAGUUCAAGUGAAAUAACUCUAUGAAAUGUCUAUAUUGGCUCCAUCUUUGUGCUGCAUAGACAACAUUUUAGAUAUUCUGGCUUUUAAAUAACAUUCAAGAUGACAGGUGCCUAAUUUUUAAGUAGCAGAGAAAAUAUUUUAUAACACGUCAGACUUUGGCCAAGUGUCUAUCCUCUUGGGUUGUGUCUCUCUGCCAAGAAAUCCUUCUUAAGCAAGGAGCACAUUCAGCGGUGCUUGAUUGUGUGUUUACUCAGUUAAAAAAUAGUUCUUUUUAAUUGUGGCUUUUAGCUUAUCUGUGUAGUGUAAACAGCUGAAAACAAAAAUGAAAGUGAACCAGGAGACAUGUUUUGAAGAUGAUGGGUCAUAUCAUGAUGAUCAGGUUCAACUACAGCUUUACUUCUAAGACAGAAAUAAUCAUGGUAGAUAUGAAGUCCAGAAGAGUUUAUUCUUGUCCGCAUAUUGCUCUGCCCAAUCAGAGGACCUUGUGAUGGUGGAACAAGUCUCUGUUACCCACAAUGGUGGGUUUAUCACAAACCAGUAACUCAUACCUCAUCAGGUCAGCCUCCUAACUGGGCCCUUGAUGAUCGAUUGCCUAGUGGACCAGUGAGACCAGCAGAUAAGUACCCCAGUGGCUGAGUUUUCAAGUCUCAUUCAACCCAAAAAAAACAUUUGACACAACUAUUUUGACACAGCAGAAAGAGUUUGAUUAAUCUUGGAAAUUUUGUUUUGCCAAGUCUCUGGAACCUCGAACCAAAGCGAUUAGGCAAAUGGCCUAAUUUCAGAAUUGGGUAAAACUACUUUGAUGACUUUUGGAAACAGCACAUUAUGGCCCAGUAUCUUUCCUCUGGGGGAAAUGGUAACAUUUCAGCAUCACUGACUUUCCCAGGCAAUGUGAAAACAUGGAAGGCAGCAGGAGAUUAUCGCCAUCUAGUCAAAUGAAAGGUUUUAUAUUGUGGCCAGGCGUGUUUAUAAAUGUCGAAAGAAUGAGAUUAGCAAGCUCUGGAGCUUUUAUGUUCGUUCUGUACUUGCAAAUGUAUCUAACAAGUUUGAGAAUGUUACAGCAUUCAAUAUGGAACCACAUUGAAACAUAUCAGAAGCUCUUACUGCUCUGCAGCAGGUAUUACUGAGAAAACAUGGAGGUGAAUCAGAAGUAUCACGUUCGGUGUCACCAUCCACAAUUUGAACCCCCAGCAGAACAUGGGUUGAAUCAAAUAUUCAACCUGUAUUUCAAGCAAGCAAACAGUCAUCUGGUAUGCUGUGACUAAGCGUGGUCCACUGGUAUCGGAGCAUUGUACUUCUCUGUGACUUAGCCUGGACCUAGCCUGGACCUAGCCUGGAGCUGUUGUAAGUGACCUCCACAGUCUUUUAAACACGGGUAACAAGAGUCCUUGAGCACAACCGUCCUGCAGGUGUUGAUGUGUUUAAAUAUUUAUUAUGAUUAUUUAUCGUCUGGAGAAGCGUCCUCAGGGUUGUGACUGCGGUAGCAGCACUGUCUUCGCAGGCUGGUAAUCUGCUCACAUGUCUGUCAGAAAUCCUCCAACCUGUGCGUCGAUUUUUAUUUAAAAUACCUUGCAGAGUGUGUCCCCAUUUCCCCAUAGCAAAGGCCAGCAGAGAACUGGUUAAACAUUCAGAUGGAGCAUAAUUGUCUCAUUGUGUCCUGGCUUUGUGUUAAAAUCAGCAAUGUUUAACGAUGUUUUUUAAUAUGCUUCAGAUCAAAGCAAUGCAAUAAUUCAAUUCCAUUUCUUUUCUAUGCUCUUUUGCUAAAGACGACUGGAUAUCGCAUUUUCUAUAUAUAUUUUUUUUGACUGCCAGAAUGGAAAAUACUAUUUGUUUUAUAUACCUUUUUCACCACUGACUAUUGUAUAGAGUAGAUGCAUAUUUGUCUAUGGGCUUACUUUUUAAACAAGAGAAAAAAUAAGAGGAGGCAUUGUGAUGGCCUGUUCUGUUUGUGUGUGUGGGGGGGACAGAGGGGGUGCCAUCCUCUUUUUUUUGUUUUUAUUGUAACUGCAGGAAGAAGUGAGAAUAGAACAGAAAUGUUUUUUAGAUUUUACAAAAUGCUUUCUGCCUGAUUGUUAUUUGAGAAACAAAUCUGAAAAUAAAGUUUUAAUCGCGUUUAAGACUUCU